AUGUGCUCUCGCCAGGAGAAGGACCACUGCCACAAGCAGGAGCGCUACAUCCGACAGAGCAGCGGCGGCUGUCACAGCUCCGGCGGUGGUGGCUGUCACAGCUCCGGCGGUGGUGGCUGUCACAGCUCCGGUGGUGGCGGUGGCUGUCACAGCAGUGGUGGUGGCGGUGGCUGUCACAGCUCCGGUGGUGGUGGCUGUCACAGCUCCGGUGGUGGUGGCUGUCACAGCUCUGGUGGCUCCAGCUGCCACGGGAAGCCACAGGUGGUGUGCCAGCAGCAGCAGCAGCAGCAGCAGCAGGUCCACCAGCUGCCCUCGCAGAAGCUGAAGUGAUGGGGUGUCCUGUGCGGCCCCGCUGCGGCAGCAGAGCCCACGCAUGGACCAGCUCCGUGUGGCCUCCCCGAAGCUCUGCACGCCCCGGGGCACCCGGCUGCAGCCCCCCAGCUCUGCCCCCCAGCUGUGGCUGCCUGGGAUGGGCAUCGCUCCUGCUUCCCUGCCGCCUGAGCCACCAGGCUGGGCCUUGGCCCCAGGAGGUGCCAGCAACCCAAUAAAGCAUCACAUUUCUCACAUC